AUGGGUCAGUCCUCCACAUCCAUAAAAGAUCAUGAGUUGGCCUCCAGCUUUGAUGCAUUUUUAAAGAAUUUCAAGUCAGAAAACACAAUCCUUUCUCCAAAAAACAUCAAUUUGAUUAAAUCAUGUCUGAAGAAGUGGAAUGUUCAAAAAACAGCUGCUAGUAUCAAUAAAAUAUUAAAAGAUAUUGAAGAUGCUCCAAUAAACAUUGCUGUGACAGGGGAAUCUGGAGCAGGAAAAUCAAGUUUCAUCAAUGCCCUGUGGGGAAUCAAUCCUGAUAAUGAAAAUGCAGCCAACACUGGAAUGGUAGAGAUAACAAUGGGAAGAACUCCAUACCAACAUCCACGGUUUCCCCAAGUGAUAAUAUGGAGUCUGCCUGACAUAGAGACCACUAAAUUUCAACCAGAGACUUACCUGAAGGAAAUGAAGUAUGAGGAUUAUGAUUUCUUCCUUAUCAUCUCUGCUUCAUGCGUCAAACAAAGUGAUAUAGAAUUAUGCAAAGCAAUUAAGAAUAUGAAGAACAAUUUCUACUUUAUUCGCACUAAAGUAGACAGCGUUUUAUACAAUCUACAAAGGAGUAAAUACAGACCUUUCAAUAAGAUGGAAAAAGAAAAAUACCUUCAAAAGAUCAAAAAUGAAUGUCUGGUACAACUGCAGAAGACCGAUAUGACUGACCCUCAAGUCUUCCUAAUAUCCAGCUUUGAAGUGUCUUGCUAUGAUUUCCCAAAACUGGAGGCCACCCUUCUGAGCAAGCUGCCAGCUGAAAAGCGCUACAUCUUCAGGCAGUGCCUUCCUGGCAUUUCUGAGAUUUCCAUUGACCAGAAGAGGGAUUCCCUGAGACAGAAGUUCUGGCUGGAGGCCCUAAGGGAUGGAGCACUGACCAGCAUCCCUUUCAUGGGUUACAUCAGCCACAGUGAUGUGGAGAAGCUAGAGGAGACCUCAACCUACUAUAGGUCUUACUUUGGACUGGAUGAUGUUUCCCUGGAAAACAUGGCCAAGGAUUUGCACAUGUCAGUGGAGCAACUCAAGACAAACAUUGUAUCUCCCAGUUUGCUAUCAGUUGAUAAUAGUGAUGAGGUCUUAGAGAAAAAACUGUUGAGAUAUUUGGAAACAUUCUGCUUUUUCAGUGGAGGCCUUCAGGCUACUGGUGUUUAUUUUCAGAAGAUUUUCUAUUUUCAAAAUUACUUGCUUGAUACUAUGGUGAGUGAUGCUAAAAUUCUCCUUAAUAGAGAGGAGAUUUUUAAGGACUCUCUGGCCUCUGGACAGUCCUAUUCACUUCAGCAUGUUGGGAAUGAAAAUGAGUAUAGUGAGGCAGCCAGCUCCUGA